AUGGAUUCCACCUUGUGCAAUGGAUGCGGCGUUCCUUAUCUGAGAGAAGAGCCCAGGGCAAAGAAGAUCAAGCUGCAGAUAAAGGAGGGCACAUGCGUGGCCGGGCGUGGGAAUAAGGCAGUGACUGAACCGCGGGAGCAAGCUGCAGAUUCCUUCCCAAGUGAUGGGCUGGUGGAGGAAAGGAGAAGAAAGAAAGAGCGAACUGGUGGUGGAAAAGUAGAGGCCGAAGGUCAUUCAACACAAGAGGAGAAAAGAGAAAGCAGAGCCACCGAAAGUGCGAAGAAGAAGGAUUUCAGAGGAACAGAAGAAGAGAAGAACAAUGACAAGCAGUUGGAGGAGAAUAUUGGACCAGGAGAGGGAGAAGGCGUGGUGGACAGGAAAAGAGCUGAGCAGAACAUUGUGGUCAAGACGGAGAAGGACUGGAAGGUGACUCUGAAGAAGAAGGAGAAGAAGAAGAAGAAGCAACAGGAGGCCAAGGAGCUACAAGACGGAGUAGGAAAAAAGACCAAGAGAAUCAGAAGCAAAAGAGGGGUUCGAAAUGUAGAAUUUCUCAGGGGAUCCCGGAAAAGAAAAAACGAGGAAGUGGAUAAGACUUUGAAGAAGAAGAAAAAAAAGAAGGAGGAUGGAAAUUGUGGGAGAAGAUCCAAAGCCGAGGAAGACAAGUGGAGAUGGUGGGAGGAGGAGAAACGAGACGACAACGGCGUCAAAUGGCACCAGUUGCACCACAGGGGUCCCUACUUGGCACCACCUUACCAGCCUCUGCCCACCUCCGUCAAGUUCUACUACAACGGCAGGUCUGUGAAGCUCAGCCGGGCUGCCGAGGAAGUGGCGACGUUUUUCGCCAAGAUGCUGGACGAAGACUACGCACGCAAGAAGAUUUUCCGGGAUAACUUUUUCUGUGACUGGAUGCAGGUAUCCAUCAGUUUCAACCCUGUGCUACCUUCCCUUCCCGUCCAUUAUUUUGCACCAUCCGAUGCUUACUCCCAUUCCCCAUUUAUCCAGACCAGCGUUGCGUUUUCCUUGGAAAUCAUUGCUCAUUACGGUGUAUCUUUUCAACAGAGGUUGAAAGAGGAGGCAGACAGGAUCCAACAGGAAUACGGCUACUGCGUCAUCGAUGGCCAUCGGGAGAAGAUCGGCAACUUCAAGACCGAGCCGCCAGGCCUAUUCCGGGGCCGAGGGGAUCACCCCAAAAUGGGGAUGCUGAAGAAGAGGAUCAUGCCGGAAGACAUCGUCAUCAAUUGUAGCCAAGAUUCAAAGGUGCCCCGGCCUCCGCGAGGUCACAAGUGGAAAGAAGUCAGGUGCGACAAGACAGUCACCUGGUUGGCCUCCUGGACGGAGAACAUCCAGGGCUCCAUCAAGUACAUCAUGUUGAACCCGAGUUCCAGGCUGAAGGGGGAGAAAGACUGGCAGAAAUACGAGGUGGCUCGUCGCUUGAAGAAGGUGGUCCACCGGAUCCGCUGCCAGUACCGGGCCGACUGGAAGUCCAAGGAGCCGAAGAAGCGACAAAUCUCCGUCGCGCUCUAUUUCAUCGAUAAGCUGGCCCUGAGGACGGGGAACGAGAAGGAGGAAGGGGAGACGGCCGACACGGUGGGCUGCUGCUCUUUGCGAGUGGAGCACGUCGCGCUGCACCCGCGGCAGGGCGGCAAGGAGAACGUGGUGGAGUUUGACUUCCUGGGCAAGGACUGCAUCCGCUACUACAACAAGGUGCCCGUGGAGAAGCAGGUGUUCAAGAACUUGGCGUUGUUCAUGGAGGAUAAAGAACCUGGAGACAAUCUGUUUGAAAAGCUCUCUACAGCAACGCUGAACAAACAUCUCCAGGACCUGAUGGAUGGGUUGACGGCAAAGGUCUUCCGGACUUACAACGCGUCCAUCACGCUGCAGGAGCAGCUCGACGCCCUGACCCAUGAGAAGGACACCCUGGCAGCUAAGCUCCUCUCCUACAACCGAGCCAACCGAGCCGUGGCCCUUCUGUGCAAUCAUCAGCGGGCGACUCCCAAGACCUACGAGAAGUCCAUGAAGAACCUCCAGGCAAAGAUAAAUGCCAAAAAGGAUCAGCUGGCUGAUGCAAAAGCCGGCCUGCGAAAGGCCAGGGUGGAACACAAGUGUAAGAAGGUGGCGAAGUCAAAAGCUGCCGUGGAGAAGAAAAAGAAACUGGUGCAGAAGAUCGAAGAAGAGCUGGCGAAGCUGAAGUUUCAGGCCACCGACAAAGAGGAAAACAAGCAGAUCGCCCUGGGCACCUCUAAGUUGAAUUACCUGGACCCCCGCAUCACCGUGGCCUGGUGCAAACGGUUUGACGUGCCCAUCGAGAAGAUUUACAACAAAACUCAGCGGGCGAAGUUUGCGUGGGCCAUCGCCAUGGCCGACGAAGAUUUUGUAUUCUAA